AAAAAGAAACGACGAGUGCUUUUCUCAAAGGCGCAAACGAUUGAAUUGGAGAAACGUUUUCGAGACCAGAGGUACGUUUCGGCUCCAGAGAGAGACCACCUUGCCAGAACACUCAAACUGACACCAACGCAAAUCAAAAUUUGGUUUCAGAACCAUCGUUACAAACUCAAAAAG